GUUCUCUAACCCCGCCCCUGUAUAAGUUGAAAACUACAUUAUAACGCAUGACCUCGCUCAUAAAAUAUGUGAAAAAGUGCUCAUUUUGAAGUAUCUCCGCAUUAAAAGAAAAACAAAAAGUUAUUUUCUCGCUCAAGGGUCGUAAAAAAUGGAUAAACCUAUAGUUAAUCCGCAAAUCCCUUACUCGGGUGUCAUUCCUGGGGGGUUACAACAGCACAAAAUGGUCCGCAUUCAGGGGGCUGUGUCCCAACAUGCGGACAGAUUCAAUAUCAAUUUUCAAACGGGCCCCAACAGCAAACCUAAAGACGACACGGGGCUCCAUAUUUCAGUGCGUCUGAAACAGGGCUACAUUGCCAGAAACUCGUACAUUGGGGGCGGUUGGGGCGACGAGGACGGCAAGGGGCGGCUCCCCAUCGGCCCCGGCCAACAAUUCGAAAUUCUCAUCUUGCCCGACGUUCACGAUUACAAAAUUGCUGUUAACGGACAACACUUCUGUGAAUUCCCUUAUCGCAUCCCUCGGGAUCAAAUUUCGCAUUUGCUGAUCGAUGGUGACGUUAUUAUUACGCUGAUUUCGUGGGAAAGCACGUCAGCGUCAGCCCCACCGGCAGAAGGGGGUGAUGUCUCAAGGCAAGUUUCGGGGGUGCAGAGCCAGGGCAGCCCCCAGGGACCGCCUGGAGGUGGGUAUGGACCCCCACCGCAAGGCUUUGGGGGACCUCAAGGGUAUGGACCUCCACAAGGGGGGUACGGCCCACCCCCUCAAGGGUACGGGCCUCCACCCCAAGGGUUCGGCCCACAGGGACCCCAAGGGUACGGACCCCCUCCACCGCCAGGGCAAGAGUCUCAGUCCGGUUUCGACCACUUUAUGCAAUCAGCACAAUCAGUUCUUGCUGAAGCAAUAGCAAGCGGUGCUGCUGAGAAACUAUUAAGUGGUAUUUUGAGUCCGAAUCAGAAUCAGCAGGGCUUCUCCCCUCAGAACGCACAAUACGGUCAAUAUCCCCAUGGUCCCCCUCCGCAGCAAAGAUCUCAAGAUCAGCGCGGUGGGUUUAACAUGCCUCAGGUCGGGGGUGAAGGCUCAGUAGGCGGGUUUGGAAGUGUUGGUUCGUUUCUUAGUAAUCUGGCAAGGGAUGUGCUUCAGCCGCAGCAGCCCCAGGGUGGGCAGAACCAGUAUGGACAUCGGGGCCAGUUUUAAACUGUUUUAUUUAUUGUGGGUUGCUUUAUUUGGGUUGUGUUUUUAAUUUUGUUUUUGUUGGUCUAAAAUUCUUACGUGUGGUUUGUUUAUUGAGUAAGUCACGUCGCACAACUUAUAGCAUGACAAGUUUUUUAAUUAAUUAAAAUUGGUAUUCUUAUUUCUGUUAUUGAUUUAGGUAUUUCCAGUUAGCUAAUAAUUUUCUUGAAAAAAUUUGUAGUCAAAGCAUUGUCAGUUUAAAAAUCAAUUUUGCCUUAAAUAAUAUAGUGCUAACUCAAAAAUAUUUCGAUCUUAUGUUAGUAUUAUGACAUGUAGAAUAAGCUGCCAAUGCCUUUAAUUGAAUAUGUAUUAGUUAAAGAAACUAUGUUAAAAAUCGUAGGAGUGUUUGUCUUUUUUUGUAUUUACAGUGUACAUUUUUAUGUUAUUAUAACUGGUUUGUACUAGUAUUAUAGUAGUAGUAGUAAAUACUAGUAGCAACUUGCAACUAAUACUCUGUAGCUGAACUUAGUGCCUUUUGAAUAUUUUUAUCCUCAGCCUGUGUAAUAUAAAUCAUCAGGAUAGCAGUAGAUGCAAAUUUCUUCCAGCUUGUAAAUUAUUUGCAGAGUAUAUCUCAGGGAAAAGUUACGAAAGAAUCUAAUUAUUAGUGAUCACUAAUGGUGCUUUAUUAUUUUAUUUUUUUAUAAACAUUUUUAAACUAAAAAUUAACAUCUUUGACGUGAAAAAAUAUGAACAACAAUAACGUCAGUUGCUAGAUAUACUAUUACAAAGAAUGUAGAAUUUUUUAUUUUAUGUGUAAUUAAUGAAAUAAGUACAGUGCAACCUCGAUGAUCGAUUGCUUCACAGAAAUUUCUACGAAUUCCUUAUCUUUAAUUUGUAAAAAAUUUUUAUUAUAAUAAAACAUACAGAAGUUUUGGCAAAAUCAGGAAAAUAGACAAAACACGUAAUUUUUUUACUACUCAGCUAUAUAUAAUACCGGGUGACUAUAAAAAGUUGUCAAAACUAUAUUGGCAACACUUAAGUUAUUGGUACAUUUCUCUAUGGGAAGUUUGUUAAGAAAAGUCCAGAAGCAGUUUCUAAUUUUCGUAUCUUUGUGGGUUCGGAUAAUCGAUGUCGUACUAUACUUUUGUAAUCAUUCUAUUUUAUUGAAAAAAUUAAUAUAAUUAUGUAAAUUCUGGCAGUAGCUACAUAAUUUUUUAUCGUUAGUUUAAAGUUUUUAUCGAUAAUUGUCGAAAUAAUUGACUGGUGUGGCGCCUUUUCCCAGAGAUUAGUUUUAAAUAAGAUUUUGUGUUAUUGUUCAACGCCGUCCAAAAAUGAGAUUAUUUUUAUAUUACAAAAUGUUACUCGUUUUUAAUCGUAUAAUAAAAUUAUAAUGAAUGUUUGUGAUUAUGCUUAUUACAAAUUAAAAAUAUAAAAAGCUUG